GGAUCGAGAAAAGUGAACCUUGAAAAGAGCUGCAUCAAAAAGUGCACUGGGUAUUUGCCAAAUCGGGAGGGUGCGGAGCCCACUUCGUUCAGCAGGCGGCUGGCGUUGAGAUCUUCAAAUUGCCAGCCCCUGAGGCUGUGGAGCCGCAUUGUGGCAUUGGGUGUCUGCUGGCGCUCCUAUACUGUGCUACACGCUCCGAUCAGAAGUUUUAGUUUUCCCCUUUGAGCAGAGGUGCCACUCUCCCCAGGGUGCCUUGCAUUGGGUGGCUAGAGGGGUCCUCAUCACCCGACCACUAUGGCCUCCUCCGUGCACUUUGCGCGGGCAACGGCGCCAGCCGGAUGUUCAUUAAGAGCCACCUGCGCAGAAGAGGGGAAGCAAAUGCAGGGAAUGAGAAUUGCUUCACCGGCAGCAUUCUCUCACAAGCUGCCAUCAUCUGCAGCUUCCAUCGCGAGCGCUCAAGUCGCAAAUGCAGAUACGUUGAGGACUCAGAGCAGACACCCUCCAGCCAGACUUGCUUCAGUGCAAUGUCAGGCGCAGCGAGGUGGUCGCGCUCAGGCAAUUGCCGCUCCCGCCAAUGUUGAGUCAGAAAGCAGCCUCAAAGUGAGUAUCAGCAAUCGGGACAAGGAGAACUGGACGGCAAUCAAGAUUGAGGCAGAGAACCAGCCGGGACUGCUCACCAAGAUCACAAGCACUUUGCGGGACCUGAACCUCCAAGUGCAGAAGGCCGAGGUGAACACUGUGGGCAACAAGCUGGUGGCAGACACCUUCUACGUGGUGACUGCCUCGGGCAAGAAGCUGAGCAACGCCGAGAUUGCGGUGGCCAAGCAGCGCCUGCUGGGCCUGCCGACGGCGGUGUUCCAGGACAAGGCGAUACGGCCGGUGGGGGUGGAGCUGGGCGGGGAGGACAAGGACGAGGCGGCACGCAUGGAGCUGAUCCACCGCCUCAAGGACCUGUACCUGCGGAACGACGUGGUGGCAGUGCAGGAGAGCAUCAUCAACCAUGUGGAGUACACAAUCGGGCGCUCGCGCUACAAGUUCGAGUCGUUCGAGGCCUACCACGCGGUGGCCCACAGCGUUCGCGACCGGCUGAUCGAGAGCUGGAACGAUACGGAGCAGCACUUCCAGAAGGUCAACCCCAAGCGUGUCUACUACCUCAGCAUGGAGUUCCUUAUGGGGCGGUCCCUGCUCAACAGCCUGUACAACCUGGAUGUUAAGAACCUGUACGGGGAGGCGCUCAGGCAGCUUGGGUACGACCUGGAGACCCUCAAGGAAGAGGAGCGCGAUGCAGCGUUGGGCAACGGGGGCCUUGGUCGGCUGGCGGCCUGCUUCCUCGACUCCAUGGCCACCCUGAACUACCCCGCCUGGGGGUAUGGCAUGCGGUACCAAUACGGAAUGUUUAGACAAACUCUAGAGAACGGCUUCCAGCACGAGCAGCCUGACUACUGGCUCAACUUCAGCAACCCAUGGGAGAUCGAGCGCGUAUCCACCAAGUAUGACAUCAAGUUUUAUGGCCACGUGGAGCAGUACACUGACAGCCAGGGCCGUGGCCGCUUCACAUGGGUGCCAGGCGAAAGGGUGGAGGCUGUGGCGUACGACAACCCAAUCCCCGGGUACGGCACGGGCAACACGAUCAACCUGCGGCUGUGGGCGGGCAAGCCCAGCGCCGAGUUUGACCUGCAGUCGUUCAACACGGGCGACUACGUGGCGGCCAUUCUGGCCAAGCAGCGGGCGGAGACCAUCUCCAGCGUGCUCUACCCCGACGACAGGACCUACCAGGGCAAGGAGCUGCGGCUGAAGCAGCAGCACUUCAUGGUGUCGGCCACGCUGCAGGACAUCGUGCGCCGCUUCAAGGAGCACGAGACUGACCUCGAGAAGCUGCCAGAGAAGGUGACGCUGCAGCUGAACGACACGCACCCGACGAUCGGCGUGGCGGAGCUGAUGCGCAUUCUGAUGGACGACGAGGGCCUGGGCUGGACCAAGAGCUGGGCCAUCGUGACGAGCGUCUUCGCCUUCACCAACCACACCGUGCUGCCCGAGGCGCUCGAAAAGUGGCCCGUCUCCCUCAUGGAGCGCCUCCUGCCGCGCCACAUGCAGAUCAUCUACCAGAUCAACUUUUUGUACCUGGAGGACCUGAAGAAGCGCGUGGGCGACGACUGGUCGCGCAUUUCGCGCAUGUCCAUCAUCGAGGAGGGCGACCCCAAGCAAGUCCGGAUGGCGUACCUGGCCCUGGUGGCGUCGCACACCGUCAACGGCGUGGCGGCCAUCCACUCAGACCUGAUCAAAACCACCAUCUUCAAGGACUUCCACGGUAUUUGGCCCGAGAAGUUCCAGAACAAGACCAAUGGAGUUACACAGCGGCGGUGGCUGGCCUUCUGCAACCCCGGGCUGCGCGCGCUGAUCAGCGAGGUGGUGGGCAGCGAGGCGUGGAUCACGGACCUGACGCAGCUGAAGCAGCUAGAGAAGCACGCGGACGACGCGGGGCUGCAGGAGCGCUGGAUGGCCGUGAAGCACGACAACAAGAAGCGCCUCGCCGCGCUCGUCAAGAAGCUGACGGGGGCCACCGUCAGCACCGACGCGCUCUUCGACAUCCAGGUGAAGCGCAUCCACGAGUACAAGCGGCAGCUGCUCAAUAUGCUGAGUGUGAUCCACCGGUACGAGCGCAUCAAGAAGAUGUCGCCCGAGGAGCGGCAGCACGUGGUGCCACGUGUCGUGAUCGUGGGCGGCAAGGCCGCACCCGGGUACGACAUGGCGAAGCGCAUCAUCAAGCUGGUGAGCGCCAUCGGGGACGUAGUGAACGGCGACCCGGACGUGGGCGACCUGCUCAAGGUCUUCUUCCUGCCCGACUACAACGUCAGCCUCGCGGAAACCAUCAUCCCCGCCUCCGACCUCUCGCAGCACAUCAGCACGGCGGGCACAGAGGCGUCCGGGACGAGCAACAUGAAGUUCGCCAUGAACGGCGGCCUCAUCAUCGGCACGCUGGACGGCGCCAACGUCGAGAUCGCGGAGGAGAUCGGCCACGACAACAUGUUCAUCUUCGGCGUCGAGGCGCACGAGGUGCCCCACCUGCGGGAACAACGGCGAGAGUACCGCCCCGACCCGCGCUUCAACAAGGUCGUCGAGUUGCUGCGGCAGGGCCGGUUCGGGUGGACGGACAUCUUCGCGCCCAUUUGCGAGGCCAUCGACGGGCAGUACGGCGGCGACUACUAUUUGCUGGCCAACGACUUCGCGAGCUACUUGGACGCGCAGGACCGCGUGGACGCGGCGUUCAAGGACAAGCAGCGCUGGGCGCGCAUGAGCAUCCUCUCCACCGCCGGCUCCGGCAAGUUCUCCUCCGACCGCACCAUCGCCGACUACGCACGCGACAUCUGGCGCAUCGAGCCCGUCAAGAUCCCCGUGCACCGGCCAGGCGUCAACUAGGCAGUGGUGACGUGGGGCGAGAGAUUUAUAUAUGUCAACGGUCGAUCUGGUACUUGUAGGUGGUAACCACCAGACAGCGGUUGUACGAAGGUACCGGUAAUGGUAUGCGACUGUAGUAAAACACCGGGCAGAUUCAGUUGAUCCGUUGCAUGUUUUGACAGUCCAUACUGGACCUUGCGAUGCUUUUCAUGCUAACUCCAUGAAGACGAGUAUAUAUGACCUUUAGCCAUUGAAGUACCUUCUUGGCUGCACAUAGCCUUUCUGAGGGCCGAAAAGAAUGGUUUAACAAGAAUUAGAGUAACCUGGAAGGAUACAAGACGACGGUCACCUGAUUGUCACCUUAAUCAGCUAUUAUAUGACUGAGCAGCUUCCGACACGGCCU